GAAGAAGAAGAAGAAGAAGAAGAAGAAGAAGAAGAAGAAGAAGAAGAAGAAGAAGAAGAAGAAGAGCUCUCACACCAUAUGACCAUAUAUAGUACCGCUUAAAACAUCCGGAACGCCGAAAGUAAAAGUGAAAGUUUUGUCCGGUCCUUUGAGCAGAACGCAACACAGCAGUCGCUACGGGCUACAGCCAGAUGGAACCGGUCCAGUCUUCGUUUUGCACCAGGACAGCCUUGAAUAUGGGCUUCCAAUAUUUGGUGAAGAUGGUGCUUAAAGUGUUUUUCCUCAUGCCAGCCCGGAUAAUCCUAUAUUUGGUGAAGUUGGUGUUUCCAGUGUUUUUCAUCAUGCUAGCCCGGAAAAUCCAAUAUUUGGUGAAGUUGGUGUUUCCAGACCCCCAGAAAUUUAGGUUCACAACAAUGAAUGGAUUAAAGCUGAAUGCCGACAAUGAAUUGGUUAAAAAACUGAAGAACAAAGGUCAUACUGAGGUGAUGUCGUCGGACCGAUGUGACUUCAUCCUGGCCUUCUGUCCCAUUAGCACACGGCCUGGGAUUGAUAUCCAGGAAACUAUGGAGAUGUGUCAGGGAGAUGAGCCAGUUAUUCUGGUAGUGCUGCACCACACCCACGACCGUGAGAAGAACGUCAGCCCUCAGAGAGUGGAUCCCUCACAGCCGUUCAAAGACAAGAUCGUCCUGAGUGUGGCAUGCCUGUUCUAUGAGGGCAAGCUUCUCAAAUGUAAACACAAUAGCAAAGAAAUCAAUAAGGUCAUAGAUCAUUUGUCACGUCCUAUCCCAAAAUGCUAAUAAAUGUUCUUCCUUCUUCCAUGCAUUCAAUAACAA